AUGGAUAAAAAGAUCAUAGCAGACGUAUUUCAAAGACAUUUGGAAUAAUUGGUGAGUAGACUCAAUGAUGUAUAUGAAUUUAUAUAUUAAAUAGGACAUUCCAGCAAUUUGUAUAUUAUCUGGUAAGGAGGACGGAUCAAUCAAACCAAAAACAAAAGCACUUUUUGUUUGGCUUUUUGGAUAUGAUAUGAUUGAGACAGUGUUUUUAGCCACAAAGAAAUAGAUUUUUUACUUGGCAAGUGAUAAGAAACGUAAGAUUAUUAAGUGAGUUUCUAGUUCAGAUGAUGGAAGAGACAAAACAAAAACUAAGUGGUAAAUUUGAGGUUCAUUUUUACAAGAAAAUGAAUGACAAUCGAGAAUCAUUUGAGAAGAUUCGAUAAAAAAUAGGAAAUGUUAAAUUGGGAAUGCCCACUACUGAAAAAUAAGCAGGAAGUUUAGCAGCCGAAUGGUAUGAGUAUAAGGGAUGGUAAUAAAUAGUGGAUGCCACUUAAUUAAUUGGUGAUGUGUUAGCAGUUAAAGAUGAUUAAGAGUAGGGUUUUAUAUAACAAUCUUCAUAAUUGACUACCCGCCUAUUUAAGAAAUUGAUCAAAUAAAUAGAAGAUUCAAUAGAUGUUGGUACACGUAUCACACAUCAAGACUUGGCCAAGAAAGUUGAAUAAUCUUUAGAAAAUGAUAAACAAAAAGUAAUGAAAGAGAUUGGAUUGUAAGAUGGUCUUUAUGAUUUUGCCUAUACUCCAAUAAUUUAGAGUGGAGGCAAUUACUAAUAAGUAGAAGGACCCAAUAAAGAUUAUCUUUCAUCAGAUGUAAUCAUAAUCUAACUUGGUACCUAAGUCAAUGAAUAUAAUACCAAUUGUAUCCGUACACUCUUUAUAAAUCCCACUGAAAUUUAGAAGAAACUUUAUAAUGCAAUUUUAGAAGUCCAAAAUAAAAUCAUAACAUCAAUGACUAUUGGUACAUCUCUAAAUGUUGUAUUCAAAGAUUCCCAUCAAUUAUUAUAAUAAAAGUUGUAGGAGCUUAAUUUAUAAAAUUUAUAAUUACCUACAUCAUUUGGAUAUGGAAUAGGACUUGAAUUAAAGGAAUCUAAUUUGGUUAUAAAUGAAAAAUCUACACAUGUAGUAGCCAAAGGUGAAGUAUAUUUUGUUAAUUUGGUAUUGGAGAAUGUUCCUAACGGAUAAAAAAAUAUAACUUACACAAUUUAAGUUGGAGAUGUGAUUGUAAUCACUAAUGGUGCUGCUACAAUUACCACUACACAAAUUCCAAAGGCUUAUAAAUAAAUAUCUUAUUAAUUGUAAGAGGAAGAUGAACCUGAAAGGAAACCAGCUCCAGUAUAAACAGAUAAAGAUAAACCCAUAAGAGCUAGACCUCGUAAUUAAUAAAUAUAGAUUCAAAGAUAGAAUGAAAAAUAGAGAUAGAUUCAUUAAGAGAAAUUAGCUAAAGAUAAAUAGACUGAAUUAGAAUAAAGAUUAGAAUAAGAUUAAUUUGUUUAAAAUUAAUAAGAAGUUAAAGCUUUAGAAUUGGAUAAAUUAUCAUGUUACUAAAAACCAGAACAAUAUCCAAAAGAACUCUAGAAAGGAUAGAUUUAUAUUGAUAAUUAUAAAUGUGCUCUUUUGGUACCAUUAUUGGGAACUCAUAUUCCAUUUCAUGUAUCUUGUAUAAAGAAUGUGAGUAAAAUUGAUGAAGGCAAGAUGGGAUCAUCUAUAAGAAUAAAUUUUUUCACAUCAGAAACAACAGCUGGAUAGAUUUAAUUUCCAAAGGUUGAUGGUGAAACAAUCUUCAUAAAGGAAUUAUAAUAUAGAUCUAAGAAAUCAGAUCGUCCAUAGAAUUUAAUACUUUAAAUUAAAUCAUUACAAAAGAAAGUAAAGACUGAGUAAUAAGUGGAGAGAGAGAAAUAAAAUGUUGGAGAUAUGGAACCAUUAAUAGUAAAUAAAGGAGGUCGAAAACCAAUAUUUAAGGAUUUGAAAGUGAGACCUACAUUUGGAUCUGGAAAGGCAGCAGGAGUUUUAGAAGUUCAUACUAAUGGAUUUCGUUAUAUCCAUUCUAAUAAAGAAUAAUUGGAUAUUGUAUUCAAAAACAUUAAACAUUAUAUAUAUUAAAGUCCAGAAUAGGAUAUUAUAGCUGCUUUACAUUUUCAUUUACAUUCUCCAAUUGUAUUGGGUAAACGUAAAACACAUGAUGUUCAAUUUUAUUGUGAAGUUGGUGGUGCAGUAGAACAUUUAGAAGGUAGAAAGAAAACAAAUAGAAAUGAUGAGGAUGAAAUUGAAGAAGAAGAAAGAUUAAGAAUGCAUAGAAAAAAGAUGGCAAAAGAAUUUGAAGUGUUUAUUAAGACUAUUGAAGAAUUGGGAGCAGAAUAUAAAAUAUCAUUUGAAAAACCAUUCCGUGAUUUAGGAUUUGAAGGUAAUUGGAAUAGAGCAAGAUUAUUCUUAUAACCUACACGUGAUACAUUGAUGAAUGUUGUUGAAAGUCCAUUCUUUAUUUUAACUUUGAAUGAAGUAGAAAUAUGUUGUUUUGAACGUAUAAUACCAGGCAUUAAAUCUUUUGAUUUAGUAUUUGUAUUCAAAAACUAUGAUAAACCAGUACUAAGAAUUGAGAGUAUUGAUAUCAAAGAUUUAGAAGGAGUCAAGAAUUGGUUAGAUAGAGUAUAUUAUUAUUAUAAUAGUAGAUGAAUCUUCUCUUUUUUGAAGUGGGUUAGAAUUUGGUUUGGAAGAAUGUUCUUGCAUAAAUUUAGAAAGAUAUUCCAGGAUUUGUUUAAGAUGGAGGAUGGACUAAUAUUUUAGCAGAAAGUGAAGAAGAAGGAGAUGAAGAAGAUGAUCCAGAAGCAGGUGAUAGUGAAUUCUCACCUGGUGAAUCAGUAAUGAUAUUUAUUUAAAUUAUUUAGGGUGAUGAUGGUGAAGAUGAUUCUGAUUUCACAGAAGAUGAUGAAGAUGGUGAUGAGGAUGCUGAUGCUGAUGAAGAUGAUGAUGAUGAUGAAGAUUUAUCUGAUGUUCUUGAUCUUAAUAACAUAAGUGAAUAGGAUGAUGAUGAUGAUGCUGAAGAUUCAGAUUCUGGUAUUUAUUAUCUUCUAAUCAUAUAGAUAAACAUAGAAGAAAAGGUUAAGCAAAAGGUCAUUCAAAGCCAUAGCCUAAAACAUAGAAUAAACCAUAACCAAAACCAUAACCAAAACCAUCUGGGCCACCUCCUCGUUCCACUUAGCCUCAAAAACGUUAACCACCUAGAAAAUGAGU